AUGUUGUUUACGGUGAUCACUACAGGAUUAAAUCUAGUUUUACCUUUUGUCAUAGCGUACAGAAGUAGAGGGUUUUGGCUUAGGUCACAUAACUUUUAUGAACAGCCAGUUGUAAACUUUAGGUAUGAAUAUCUUCUCGUCGCAGAAACUGAUGAUCCAAGUAUGCCUAUAGUGUGCGGUGAAAUAAACGGACUGUACGGCAAUACUAUGAAAAAUGAAGAAAAUUGUAAAGAGUUCCAAGUGAAUGAACAUGAUUUUAAUAAUGACGGCAAAUACGAAAUUUUAGAUUUCAAGAUAUAUCUGAACAUUCCACAACAAAGAACACUUACAUCUAUGAUGUUCAUUGUAAUGCUGGACUUUCAAUUAAAAACAGUGUGUCCUUUGCAAAUGGAAAGUUUAGCUGUGAUUAACAAAGACUUUGUAAUGUCUCCUUCUGGUUUCAAGUAUUAUGGUGAUCUCCAAUUUUAUCAAUCAUCACACUUACCAUGUAAACAAAACCUCAUAGAUACUAGAUACAACAGUGCCUUCCUUAAUUUUACUAAGAAUAAGAAUGGCAACAAAGUAGAUUUCUUACUAGGCAAUUAUUUCAUGAGAGAAGUCACUACGCAUACUAAAACAAUUUAUUCAAGAAUUCAGCAGGGACAUACUGGCUCUAUGGAAAUACAAAUAUUCCUCAGAAUACCAGAAAUGGAAAUUAUAUAUGUACCGAGUUUGUUGCAAGAAUUGAAGUGGGCCUGGCCACAGUAUCUGUCCCUAGUCAUUUUAUUCUAUUGGAUAAUUAAUAAAAUUAAAAUGUUUGUUUUUAACAACCGUUUGCUAAUGGCAUGGGAGGUUAUUCCUUGGAAGAAACAUCAUUAA